AUGAAGAAGGUUUUCUUCUACAAUUUCAUCCCAUCAAAAGUAGAAGAAGAAUCAUGUAGAAAUAGUAACAUCCCAUGGCUAGUGACUCGUCGUUUAGUAGAAAUAAGGGACAAAUACUCCGCCCCGGUCAUAGAUCUGGAGGACCCGUGGCAGAUCAAGAAGUCCAUCACAUAUUACGAGGCGAUCGUCGGAAAGCUAGUGCUUCCAUUUGCCGAGGUUUUCGAGCACAUUUUUCGGUAUUGGACAUUGGACAUGGCUGAAUUUGUAAUGUCAGGGCACAAGACGAAUGUUUAUUUAUGGGACGUUACUGAAGAGAACAACCCUAAGAAGUAUCAUAAUGAUGGGACUUAUUUUGAGAUGAUGCCUAAUGAGGACUAUGCUCUUGUGUGUGUAGACUUGUUUAAGGAUCGUGGAUUGAGUGUUGGUGAUGAGAUUGGAUUGUAUUGGGAUCCUAGCUGGUCUUCGCAUUUUAAAUUCAAGUUAAUUUGCAAUGGUCAUGCAGUUUUAUGA